AUGGAGAUAAAACUGGUGAAGGGAAAAAGGGAUGCUCUGAGCUUAUUGGUUUUGACGCUCUUCAGCCUCUUAACAGUUGGCCAGUUUGGCCAAUUAGAACAGCUGCUAGCCGGAGAUGGCACGCCUGAUGUUAGUUGGUGUGCAGAUAUCAUUGCUGGCCAGGCACACAGUCCUAUUCGCCAAGUGAACGGAGUCCUGGGAGGGUCUGCAGUUCUCUCUGUGAACAUUGGGCCCCAAGCCAAAGUCAAGGAGAUUGAGUGGAGCUACCGGGCUGGGACGGGACCCGCGCUUUUGGUGGCUUUGUUUCGGGAUGGAAAAUUUGAGCGUCCCGAUCCCAGUGACAGGUUUAAACAGAGGAUAGACAUGUACAAUGAGACCCUGAGGAUAAAGGCCUUGGAGCUGAAUGACACCGGUGUGUUUGGGGCACGGGUGAAGUUGCUUCCAGCCAUUGUUGAAGACCAGAUAUUCCACCUAGCUGUCUAUGAACCUGUUUUGACACCCCGGAUCCAGAGUCAGCUGGUGUCCAGCACACCCAAGUGGUGCAACGUGACCCUCCAGUGCCUGUCACCAGGAAAGGGGCCAGUCAACGUCACGUGGAGGAAAGGAAACCCCAUCCGGGAUCUUGGGAGCUCUGACAAAUACCAGGUCUCCCCAGACGGAAGGACCCUCCGGCUCUCGCUGCUUCCCACCAACCUGAACACCACCUACUCCUGCAUGGCCAGCAACCCCAUUGAACACAAGAUCGUGUCCUUUGAUUUGCAGAGGAUCUGCCAGAGUGGAGUCCAGGCUUCCUUCUCCAAGACCGGCUACGUCGUGUUGACUUUCAUCCUUUUAGUGCUCAGUCUCGGGGCUGCCUUUUGGUGCUGGCGGAUCAACAAUGAGAAGGCGGCAGAGGCAGCUACCAUCCCAACUGUCCAAGUGGAGGAAAGUCCUUCCGACCCCCAGUAUGCUGAGAUCCUUCGGAGGAGCCCCCCAGAAGGUAACGAUAAGUCCCUAGGUCUCCUGGAAAGUAAUGCGGAGAAAAGCCCCCAGAAAGAGCGGCUUGUCACAACCAUUUAUGACCAGAUCCGAAGGACCCCAGACAACUCAACUGAAGAAGUCACAUAGGCCCAGGAACCAGCAAGAGGGAUUUUGUCAGGGGUUCACUACACCACCACCACUGGGACCUUGAGUGAACUAAUGUGCCAAACUCCUUGAGCA